AGGUCAGAAACCUGAUGCAGUAUAGCACUGGCUUUGGAGUGCUCAGCACCAACUCCCGGACGCUCGAAGGGUACCCUAGCGGCUCGGUGGUGGGGUUUUCCCUGGACGAGAAGGGCCGACCCCUAUUCGCGUUCAGCUCCAUGAGCGCGCACACGGGAGACCUCGCCGCUGACUCCCGCGUCAGCCUCACGGUAACCGCGGCAACCUUCAAGGGGGCGGCGGAUGGCCGCGUGAGCUUGAUCGGAGACGUGAACAAGGUGCGGUCAUGUGUCGGACAUGGUGCUGCUGUUUCUCAGUGACCUCCGUGCUUUGGCCAUGUAUCUAAGUACUACUGUAGCCACGGUUUUGCAGCAUGACGCUUGUACGUUGUGUAUCGGGCUUUUCCCUGCGGGAACCGAAAGUGGUCGACGCCGCUUGGAAAGGAGAGGCUUGUCUAAUUGCUUUGCGUUCUGAAGAAGAUGACGGAUCCCCUAGGGUCCGCUAGUGUUUUCGUUCAUUUUUUGACGUACCCUCGUGGCACAGGUUGACCGCCUCUGGUAAAUGCUCCGCGGACUGUCAUGUCCAAACAUUUGCGGUAGCGCAGAGCAUCAGUCUAGGUUAUUGGGUGAUAGGCCUGUCAACGCGUUUUAGCUUGAACGGACCACCGAUGCACCACCAGUCAAUCACUCCCCCCCCACCCAGAAGGGCAAAGUUUCCCACAAGUAUCGUCUAUCGAGGUAUUCACGCCUAGUAUGGCAAGCCAUCUACCCAAUGACGCAUGGAGCGAUCAACAGUACUUCAUCAACCGAUCGGUAUAUGGUCUGUCGGUGUGAGGAUCGAGGAGAUUGCGGUGCGGCGGGGGUCGCCAUACGUUAUUUGGAAACCCGAAAAAGAGCGUUUUAUCGGAUGUUGUGCGCUGGCGAACCCCGGCUGCGCUUUCGACUUGUGUUCCAUGCCCUUGCCCGUUUCUUCGUCGUUGUCGAUGUUUUCGGACCGACCGUGCAAGCCCACUGACUCUGUGUGGCUGAAUGUCGCCUUGCUUAUCGUUUGUGCUACUUU